ACUAAGUCUCACGACCUCCUCGACAGCAUGCACUUGCAACCUGUAGCUCUAGGUUUGCUUUGGGCAUUUGCACAUGGGGCGCAGGAAGGGAGAACAAAGGCUCGACGUGUGCCCAAAAAGGCGCUCUUGUGGACGUCGAGUGACUGACACGAACGGCAUAGCCGGUCUGUACCUUGUCAGUUGCGAGUUGUGUAGCUCGACCCCGUUAACGGGGCGGACGGGAAGGGCUGAUGUCUACGGGUGUGUAGUCUCUCCACCGGUUGAGGCAAUUCUUGUGGAGCUGAAACUUCGCCGACCCAUUCUCAGACCGCAAACAGAGAAACUAGUCUCACCGCAGAAGGAUAGCCUAAAAAUAUAUAUCCUUCUUCGAUUUUUUUCUUACCUGUUCCACCUCCUGCGUUCAGCUACCAGCUAAUUUGCCUACCAACAACAGGGCUGAACAGGGGAAUCCACACAAUGGCCCUCUCGGAUGCCGGGCUUCUUUUCGACAACCGCUUGCAAGCAAGCGGUGUGUCGAUUGCGGUCGAAUUCAGCCUCAAACAGAAGAAGAAAGAUCAAGGCGCAGGCUCAUUUGUUUCCACAAAGAUACGAGACAUAUCUCUUUUGACGGAGAAGAUGUCCUCUUCUUUGGUCUUCGGUGUAUCGAAGGCCACUGAUUUUGAAGAAGAAACCCUUUCCUUUGACAUCAGCUUGGCAGAUAUACAAUCGAUCAAAAGACUAGGGUUGAGCAAUGACAGCUUACACUUUACUAUACACAUGGCUGAAGACUCGAAAUCAGCUAACAAUAUACCCAUAACCAUAAGCCUGCAGGAGUUGUUGACCUUAAACUCGGCCAAAAUGAAACAAAUCACCAAAUCUGUUUCAGACUGCUUGGUGGAUAUAAAUUUUCAUGUUCAAUCCACUACCGAUAUCACGGAGUACACGAAACAGUUGACUUCCUAUCACAACACAAAAAAGUCAGGUCAUGACUCCACAACCAACCUCUCCGACUUGAGUGAGUUGUCGGAUAACGUUUCCUCCUUUUCUGAUAUGAGCUCGUUGGCUUCGAGUCUGAACGACUCGACAACCUCGUUGACUUCGAUUUCCAACCUUAACUCUUCCUCCAAAAAAUCAAAUCAACGAUUUCUUAGCCCAAAGUUGAUUUAUCGCAGAGACGCAUCAUCUAAGAAGUCUGGAGGAUCUAGGUCAGCCCACAGCUCCACCCCUAUUUCACUAUCCGGAUCAGCGUCUGAUAUUUCAUCUUCGAACCCAGAUCUGUACCACGACGAUACUGAUGGAUUUUUGAUCUUGCAAAUUGAAUCUGCCAGAGGAUUGCCACCGUUCAGAAACUCAACGAAAUUGGGCUAUGAUAUGGAUCCGUUUGUUGUCGUUUCCUUCUCAAAGCAAAUAUUCAAGACUGCGGUUUGUAGGCAUGCGCUCAAUCCGUCUUGGAAAAACCAGCUAAUCAAUAUCAGAGUCAGUAAAUAUUCCUUUAACUUUCAAUUGAAGCUAUCCGUCUAUGACUUCGACUUUUUCACAUUCAAUGAUGAUAUCUGCUCAACCACCCUCGAAAUAAGCCAUCUCAUUGAUGAAUCGGAAUACAAUCAUUCCAAUUCCUGGACCUACAAAAAGUUGCCACUCAAGUUUUCUUCGAAAGCGCUAUCCAGAAAGAUCAUGAAAUCCCAAGAGUUCAUGCCUGAACUUUCCAUCAGAUUCAAGUAUGUCUCUGUUGCUUCUUUGGCUACGAUACGGCAUGACUUCAAUCCAAAGAAGGAAAAAUGUCCAAAUUGUCACAAGAUUGAUAAGAGAAAUAGCUCGGCAUUACAGCACUUGUCGAUGUGUACCUUAGAUUUGAAGCCAAAACAGUUUCUACAUAAACAUUACACCACUUCAAAUAAUGCAUCACGAAGAUGGUACAGUAAAGUCUUAGCGCAUAUUGCGUACGGUAGAUUGACAGUUGGCGGGAACAAUGCACAUAUUUUAGUGCAGGAUCGUGAAACGGGUUUGGUUCUUGAAGAAAAAAUAUCUGCUUUUGUCAAACUAGGGAUAAGAUUGCUGUAUAAGUCGGUCAAAUCGGAUAACUCUAGCGAGAAGAUAAAAAGGAUGUUGAGGCUAUUAUCUAUCAAACAGGGUGCAAGAUAUGAUAAACCUGAUUCCAGAUGUAAAAUCACUGGUUUUAUCAAAUUUCAUGGCUUGGAAUCCACCUUAAAUGAAUGCUUGUGCUCUUCGCCUUCUGGGUAUAAGACAUUCAACGAAUUUUUCAGUCGUCGGUUGAAACCCGGAGCUAGACCCAUAGAAGGUGGUAUGGAUAACAACGAUAUUAUUGUUUCGGUUGCUGAUUCAAGAUUGGUCGUUUUCGAAAACGUCACGACCGCCAAGACUUUAUGGAUUAAAGGUAAUGGAUUUACCGUUGAAAAGUUGCUUGGGAGACAACAUGCGAAGAACCAUACCGGUAGCACGGAAAACGAUCAUUCAAUAGCUAUUUUUAGGCUUGCUCCCCAAGAUUACCACAGAAUCCAUUGUCCUUUGAAUGGGAAGAUAGCAAAGAUUACACAGAUACAUGGCUCUUACUACACAGUCAAUCCAAUGGCAGUGAGAUCUGCAUUGGAUGUUUUUGGGGAAAACGUGCGGACAGUUGUCACAAUGGAGACAGAAGAAUACGGUUCGGUUGAGAUUGUCCUGGUGGGUGCUAUGAUGGUGGGCAGCAUUUUAAUCACUGCCGAGUUGAACAGCCACGUGAAGAAGGGCCAAGAGUUGGGUUAUUUUAAGUUCGGCGGUAGUACCGUAGUGCUAAUUUUCCAAAAGCAGAAGGACAAGACCUUUAUUCAGUGGGACGGUGACUUGGUUUCAAACUCCAACAAAAGACUAGAAACAUUAGUGAAAGUCGGGAUGAGUGUUGGCCAUGCCAACAACAAGCCUAGCUACUUCAGAGGAUUGAAAAAGGAGGUGUCGGAGUCAGAGCGUCAAGAAGUCAUCCGAAGAGUUACAGGAAUGGCUGAACCUCAGCAAGCCGGUAUGAGUGAGAACUUGAGAGCCAAAUUGGGAGGAAUGCUAGAUGAUGUGAUGAGCCUUAAGAGUGGUGGUCGUUCCUUACUAGGUCUGGACCGUACACUGGACAACAUUGUUGCCGAAGACUGGGAAGUACAAGAGUUGACUACAUUGGACGGUUUGAACGAUACGGCCGCCAACCAACUGGACGAGAACUCCGACGUGGAGAUUGGCAUCGCCAGACCGUUGGAUGAAAAGGCCUUGUUCGAUGUGCUAGAUUCCAGCGAUGAGAGUUCGGCAGAUGUGGACGCAGACUAUUCUGGAUAGUAUAGCUGUAUCUGUAGUUGCGUAAUAUUAUAAUACAGUGCAUAUUGGAAGUAAUGAGACUUUUACCCUGUAAUGA